UACUGAGGCUGAAAUGGCUCGCUUCGCUCGCCCUUUCAGGCUGGUUUGCUGGUUCGCAAACGUUAACCAGCUGCAGAUCCCACUUCACGAGCCAUUCAGAGUCUGCAUAGCAGACUAGUACCGGUAAAAAAAAAAACAGCAGCAGUUGAUCAACAAGGGCAGGCCAAGCCAAACUGCACUGAUUUUGAUCAAGAUGGAUAUGAUGGGGAAGGCUAUGUUUUCUCACCAUGUUGGGAAACUUAAAGAAGACCUUGGUUUAAAAGAAGAUGAGGAGAAGACAAGUAAUCAUGAUCCUCAGAAAGAAGCAGAAGAAGAAGAACAGUUAGCAGAGCAAAGACAACGUCGAAAGGAGGCACAGACCAAAAAGCAGGCAGAGAGGGCAGCAAACCGUAACAAAAUCAGAGAAAAAUAUGGACUUAAGCAGAACAAACAUGACCAGCAAUUAGUAACCCAACAUGGAAAACCCUCGGGAGACUCAGAAACAUCUAGAGACAAUUCUUCUUUGACAAGGAGGACAUCAUCACAGGAUAAGAAAGAUGACAAGUGUGCUAUCAUGUGAUCAAACUCAUAUAAAUCAGGUGAUCACCUUGUCAGGAUUUUGCAUUGAAUGAAUAUUGCAGCUUGAUUGAACCCAAGGUUAUGUACCCUUUUCUGUAUACUUUUCUAGAAAUGAGAAUGGAGCCUCAUUAUUUGUUGCAUCGGGCUGCCUAUCAUGAGAGAGAUAUGAUAACCUACCAUGUAUGCCUCAGUAAUGAAUCUUUCUUCAAGUUUGUUUAAUGUCUUAUGAUUGUACUCAAAAUUGAAAUCAAGAUUUGGUGCUUGGAAUCUCACUGUCCAAGUUGGCGAGUCUUGUUCACAAUUCACAAUACAUCAAAAGUAUUUCAGUGAGUACAGGUAAUUCUUCCAAAUGUUUCUUGUGUACACUCUAUAUUCUUGUGCAUGUGGCAUACUAUGAAAUCUUAUGAAGAUUAAACUGAACUAAAAAGGAAAAAUUCCAAGAAAUAUCAGUUGGAGUUUUAUGCAAUGUUUAGAACUACUGGUACCAUAUUUGAAGUUAAGAAAUAUUGCUAUUCUUUAGUUUAAAAAAAAAAAAAAUUCUACAACAUUGUGGAGAACUGAAAUGGGCAACAUAUAAUUUUAGUGCUGUUAUCGAUAACCUCUUUUUCGCUAAUCUUGUCGAUAAGCGCAUGUUUUUUUGCCACUUAUUGAUAUCGAUAACCUUUCUCACGUUGUCGAUAAAACCUGCUAUUAUGUAGGGACAUGACAGUGAUUUUCCAAGAUUGCAGAAAACAGAUGAAAUUCAUGGAAACGUCCUUUAAAAAGUGGUUUUCAAACGGAAAAUCACAGCAAAAAUAUUUUUCCCUCAAAAUGCACAGAACAGCCACAGAAAUUACUCCAAAUUCUCAACAAAAUACAAAUACUAGUACUUACUAGCCACAAAACAGGAUCUUACUUCGCUAUAAUCAUGACAAUCCAAACAUAAUGACUGAAGUCAAGUAAGCUCAAUUUUAGUGACCAAAAACAAGUACCCAAGGCAGCACACAGCCGUGUGUUGCUGCCCUCUAUGUUCAAAGAUGUGCAGCACGAUAUCAAAUUGGCGGAUAGGCAAAAGUCGUUGACUGCUCAGAACGAUGUCCCAAAAGCCCCAAAAUUAUCGGGAUAAAACUUCAUUCAACCCUAAAAUAAUGCUAAUAACGUGAAAGGUGAGGAUGUAUUUAUGCUUAAUAUGUUUGAUAAAAGAUGUUAUCAUAAUGUAAUUGUUUACAUCCGAGGAACACAGAUUUUAAAGCGUCUUAGCACACUGGCAGAUACAAAUUUUGACCAAUGUGAGUAUAUUGUGACAUUGGUAAUCAAUGCAUAAAAAGUGUGUAUUGAUUACUGAUGUUCUUUUGUCAAUAUCAAGAUAUUUUUAGCAAUAUAUCGACAGAGAAUUUUCGUACUGAUAACAGCACUAUAUGAUAUGGAACCUGUCCUAGACCUGUACACUUUAUAUUUUACUACAGGAUUUAUAGAAAAUGUAUAUACUCAUCUUUGUUAUUUUUUUCAUUUCUGGUUUUGCCAAAACUUUUCUUGGCAUGUUCUUUGUUUUUAUUUAAUUGCUAGUAAUUCUUUAGGUUUAUUAGCCACAAGUAGUCUUCAAGUUUAUCCAUACGAUAUGUCAUGAUUUUAAGGGAGAUGGUAUAGGACUUCUCCCACAGACUGAGUUUAAAGUGUCUAUCAAGUACAGUCUCUGAAUUAUUCUUAAUAUGCCUUCAGAUUGCAGUCUUUCACAAAUCACCAACUGAAAAUAUGUUGUGGUGUUCUAUAUAACUCUGUAUGCCUUUCCAGGAGUGCCUUUUUUAUUGACAAUGAACUGUACAUAGAUAUAGAAAAAGCAGUAUAAUAGUAAAUGAACAUUUGAUUUGGUUCAAGAUAGUCUUCCUUCACUUUCACAAUUAUUGCAUUAUGUUUGAACAUUUUAAAAGAUAUUAACAUUAUAUGUUUCCCUAUGAGUAAAUUGAUCCAUACUUCAGCUUGCAGCUCACAUCAUAGCACCAGUAUUUUUAUUCAUUAUAUUAGUUGUGAAGAUCAUCAUUGUUGUCCAAACUUUAAUGAGAUCUUUUGUGCCAUUCAAACCUAAUAGUACGUCUAUAUGUUAUGAACAUCUCGGGAACCUGAUUGUUAUGCAGACUUUUAUUCAGCAAAGAAUACUUUGUAUUUGAAUUGAGACCAAAAUUUUAUAUAUUGAGCAAUUUGUAGCAUCAAAUUUGAACAGCAGAAAGUUCUAUGCACAGUGUGUUCAUUACAUGGAUAUCUCUAUAUGCAUCCAAAAUCAAUCAUUAUGAUAUACUGUAACUGCAUGUUUGGUAAAGGUUUUUUGGCCCUUGCUCAUCCCAUGAAGGUCAAGGUCACGAUAGUAUUAAUGUUGUAUACUGAUUCUCAAUAGCUGUGAAGUGAUGCAACAUAUGUACAGAAAAAAGUGUUGUAUGCACCCCUCCCUAUAUUGAAAUUGAUAGUAUUAUUAUUAUUAUUUAAUUAUUAUUAUCAUCAUUAACAUUUUAUUUGGCAGAAUAUCAAACAAGUCAAAUACAUUGAUAAAAAAUAAUCGUUACAAUAACACAAUAAUGAUACAGUAACACAAAAAUAAUUAAACACUGGAUUCACUUGGAUGAGCUGCCAGGCAUUGGGCAAAGUUAACCAAAAACUAUAGUCCACGGACCACCCUAACCCAUACCCCAUCCAGGUGAAUCCACUGUAGUAUUUUCAUGUGAAAUAAACAUAGCAGAAAUUUGUAUUCGAAUUUACAUUUAUGAAAACAAAAUGCUAAAUUACUAAGAAGCAAAACAUAAAAUCAUGCAAACAAAUAUCAAUUAAUACACUGCAUUACAAGGUGAUAAAUAGGAUUAAAAGUAUAUACUGACCAAUUAUCUAAAUUAAUUUUGGUUGGCAUUGUCUCGUGAUUCGGUAUGAGAUUGUAUAAUUGUAUAAUUUAUUCAAUUUUAUUAAUUAUAUUGCACUGAAUGUAACAUGUUGAAUACAACCCCCUGAGAUUUAAACUGCAAUGAAUGAAAAUGCUAUUGGAAUACUGACAAAUUAACAUUUUGAAAUAUUGAAACACCAUUGGAUAUAAAUAAUGGCCAGUAGUCGAUAAUAAGGAUAAAUAGAAACAAUUAAAUACAUAAGAAUAAAAAAGAGAUAAUUCU